UUAAAUAUCAUACUUUAAAAAAAAAAUUAUAUAAAUUAAUAGAGGAAAACUCAGAAUUGUAGUUAAAUUCUUUUGAUCAGAAAAGGAAAUGUAGCAGACGGCAAUGUCAACUUCUUAUCUUUUUUUUUUUUCCUCAGUUUUUACAAGGUAGGCCAUGUUUUCAAAAGAUGAAACGCUAGCUAGCGCUACUUUACAAAGUUAGGACAAGUUUAAUACACAGCAAAGAAUUAGUAGUGAAUGAACAAAUUUACUUGUCUGCUACCGUCAUUGUGUUGGUCACUCCUCAUCAUCAAUCCAUCUCUUACAGUACAACACCUUUAAAGAGGCUUCUUAUAUAUCCUUCAUCCUUUAUUUUUUUUAUCACUCAGAUUUUCUUGAAUCGUCCAGUUUUUGUAGCCCCAUAUUACUGUGUUUAUUAUAGUAUUACCAAAGCAAUCCUAUGGAAAUCGUUGAAGUUGUGAUUGUAGGGGCUGGAAUUGCUGGCCUAACCACUUCCUUGGGACUUCACAGAUCUGGGAUUCCAAGUUUAGUGUUGGAAUCUUCAGAUAGAUUGAGGGUCACUGGAUUUGCGUUGACACUAUUCGACAAUGCUUGGAAGGCCUUGAAUGCUGUUGGCAUCGGUCAUUCUCUCCGCCAACAACAUUUGGAUCUCCAUGGGUCGGUUGUUUCCACAGUUCUAAAGCAACGCACUUCAGAGCUAUCGUUUAAGGGCCGUGAAAUUCGUUGUGUCCGAAGGAGAUUGUUACUGGAAGCUUUGGCAGCUGAACUUCCUAAUGGCACAAUCAGGUAUUCUACUAAAGUGGUUUCGAUAGAGGAUUCUGGCCACUUUAAACAAGUACAUCUUGCGGAUGGAACUAUCAUCAAAACCAAGGUGUUAAUUGGAUGUGAUGGAGUUAACUCACUGGUGGCAAAGUGGCUUGGUUUUGAGAAGCCAGCUUUUACUGGACGUUCAGCUUUUAGAGGCUAUGCAAAAUUUGACAGUGGUCAUGGCUUUAAACCAGAAUACAGACAGUUUAUCGGUAAAGGAGUCCGAUCUGGUUUCCUCCCUUGUGAUGAUCACAUUGUUUAUUGGUUUGUGACUUGGGUCCCUUCCAGCCCAGAGGAAGAGCAAGAGGAAAACCCUGUCAAAGUAAAACAAUUUGUGUUAAACAUGCUUGAUGAUGCACCUGAUGAAACGAAGGCUGUCAUAGAAAACACUCCUCUUGAUGCCUUUGUAUUAUCAGCUCCAUUAAGAUAUAGGCAUCCCUGGGAUAUUCUUUGGGGAAAUAUUAGUAAGGGCAAUGUUUCUAUAGCUGGGGAUGCCCUCCACCCAAUGACCCCAGACCUCGGCCAAGGUGGAUGUUCAGCUUUAGAAGAUGGUGUUGUUCUGUCCAGGUGCCUUGCUGAAGCCCUACUAAAAUCUCACAGAGAAAUUAAAGAUAAAGCUUUUGAUGAGGAAGAUUAUCAGAGGAUUCAACUGGCUUUGAAGAAGUACGCUAAAGAGAGGAGAUGGAGAAGUAUUGAUCUCAUUAGCACAGCUUACAUGGUUGGUUUUAUUCAACAAAAUAAUGGGAAGAUAAUCAGCUUCUUCCGAGAUAAAUUUUUAUCCACAUUCCUAUCUACUUUGCUGUUGACUAAGGCUGAUUUUGAUUGUGGGAAGCUCAACGUUCCUUGAAAUGACCGAUUUCUAUAGAUGUAAUCUGGUCAUCCCAUUGUACUGCGAACUUGCAAAGUGCUAAUAAUUUUGUAUAUUUUCUUUGAGUUGAAGUAAAAAAUGUUUUUCUAUCUCUUAGUUAUGAUCAUUGUAUACGUAAAAAUCAUCUCAACAUUUUCGUCAGGAAAACAAAAAUCAUCUUAAUAUUUGGAAAAGGUUCAACUUUUAUGUUGGAGUUCCAACCUUUCUGCUUGCUGCGUCACUCAUUACUUUCCUUACAAAGGGGGUGCUGUGCUGAUUUUGUCUGCUUGAGGUCUGAAAAUACAAAAAAUUGC